AUGCCGUCAGCCCGCGCCGAAAGAGCUCCCGCUUCGGCUUCCCCGGCCUGGCUGUGCAUGUGUGCGACGGUGAUAAGCCAUGUCCCAGGCAUGAAUAUCAAGAUGAUUCGCGGCGCAUGCCUGUGCGGUUCCACGUUGUCCUCCCCCAAAACCAGAAAUUGGGAGCCUCAGCCUUACGGACCCCACACUGUUGGCAUCUUCAUUUCGGUCCAUCCCAUAUCCGAACAUGUUGUUCAAUCGUUCCCUAGUUACACGCCAUGUCCAUGGCGUUUUUUUGUCUUGGAGCCCACGCAAGUGCGAGAAAAGACAAGAUUAUGUUGGGAUGAGAUCCUGGCCAUGUGUCUUUAGAUCAUGCAUUUUAUCUCUUCGCCGCGCUUAUGAUGUUGGCAACUAGCCCCUGCCAGCGGAAUGUCAAAGGGAACACAAUCAACCCUUCUCUUGGAAUGGUAUCCACAUAGAGAGAUGGCCUCCGGGCGCAAUAGUUGGGUGUGCUAUAGCCACUUAUUUUGAGAUAGUACCAGCGCCCGAGACUACAUGUGCCAUGAGGCAAUCGGCAGUGAGCCGAAAGCAGGAAGUUCUGCAGGAGUAUCUAGCGUUUCUCCCAGCACAGCGGCGACAUAUAAAUAUAGACAUCAACACCACAAUAUGAACAUACCGAGGCGCAGCGUGUACCCAUAAUCCUACUUCUGGACGAACAUGAUGAGCAACAUCUCAAAGAAGGAAUAAAGCUGACACUAUUUUAAAAGGGUGACACUGUGCCACCAACAUUAAGUUAGCCGACAUGCUGUCUAUCAUACCAACUCGGAUGCGUAUCGUUGAUACCCCAACGUAUUCAGGUCAAGUGAAAUAUUCCUCGUUUGGCUAACUUCACGUCCUAUAUGAACCCCUUUGAAGCGCGUCUCCACAGGCCAUAGUCGACGAAAUCACAAUAUCCCCCAAGCCACCUCACUGCGUCUGUUUUGUCGCAUGAUAAUGUUGCUCGCCGAUGCUUGCUUGCAUAUAAUCAUUAUCUCUGCGAUUCCAACCUUCCGUCUUCCAUUUCCCUGUGAUAUUGGAAGAUGGCCAGCAGAAACCGCCGGCACACAAGCAUUCUCUUCGAGGCGUUUCGCCUCGGAGGGGCCAAGGCUCUAUCUGAGAUAUACGCAGCCCACGGCGCUGUUCGAAAUGCAAAGCCAGUCGCAUUUUCAAAUGAUAUGAUGUGGUGGGAUGAUGAGCGUGUUGGGGCCACAGUUGACCGUGCAUAUGUUGAAUCCCACUUGCCAGACGAGACUCUGAGGUUGGACCAACAGCCCGGAUUUGGGGAUGGCCUGACCGACGACACGUAUUUCGAGUGGAUAGUAACGAAGGCGAAACGGAUAUUUCUUAUCCUUGUUGAUAUCGGCGUACCAGACCAGAUUUUCGGCGCCGUGGACGAUUCGUGGGACGAUGACGAUCUCCCGCUUCAGCUCGAUCAAGUGGCGAGACUACAGCUAAGGCGCACUAAAGAUGAGAGGCUCGACAGGAAGUUUUUCGAGCGACAGUUCACUUACUUGAUGAGGCACCUAAAGCCAGAAGAGAAUCUGGUCUAUGAAGCCGUCGAGAUUGUUCCGCUGGAGCCGUUAGAUAGACGCCAUGUCGGGACUCAAGCCAGUCCUACAAAUUAUAAUGUGGACAAGGUAUGCAUCCCAGGACGACCUGAUGAUAUUUUUAUCCGGCGACGGAUUUCCCUCGGUGACGGUCCUGGUCAGGUCAUGGAAGCAGACUUUUUGUCUGGAAUCGAGAGCAUGAGGGCACGGAGUAACCAGCACGUCGUGUCUCUGUGGGCAUCCUACAUACAGCAGUCCGCCGGGUAUCUUCUGCUAACUCCAAUACAUGAAUGGACCCUCACAUCUGUUCUAACGACUCUACCGCCGUCUAUGAAGAUCUUGGCCAAGAGGGACCGGCGGGUUCUUGUGCUGGACUGGAUGCAUUGCCUUGCGGAUGCAGUUGCGUCUCUCCACAACCUAGGCCUAGCCCAUGGCCAGAUCAAACCAUCAAAUAUCUUCCUCGACAUGGACAACAAGAUCUUUCUUGGCGAUGUUGAUGUUUUUGGAUUGGACCCCGCGAAAGAAUUUGACCAGGAGAACUACGACUACGGCGCUCCUGAGCUUUCAAGCCAUAUCCACACCGAGCCCGACAAACCCCAACGCCUCAUCAACCGAAUGCGGCGCAGGUUCUCUGCCACAUCUCCAGAACUAUCUCCAAGACGCCUCUUCCCACCCUCACCGCCAGCAUCCCCUUCUCACCCCAACAUAAUAACCUCAACCCUCUACCUCCCCGCUCCCGCCGCCCCCCCUUCCCCAGCAGGCGACCCAAUCAAAGGCGACAUCUACUCCCUCGGCUGCAUCUACCUCGAGCUCCUCACCCUCCUCAUGAAACGCUCCUCCCGCACCUUCUCCCGCCACCGCGCCUCCAAGCCCUCCACACCACCCACCCGCACCGCCCCCCACGCCGACUCCUCCUUCCACCACAACGCCGUGGAAGUCGAGACCUGGGUCUUCAGCCUCGCCAAGGAUGCUAGACAGAAGGAAGACCGCCUUUUUCGCGGGAUCACGCACCUCUUGAACUUGACUCUGCGCAUGCUUAGCCCGCAUCCGAUGGAUCGACCGAGUGCGCGGUUUUGCGAGGAGAGGGUGUAUGAGAUUCUGUCGAAUAAUUCGGGUGUGGAGGGGACGCAUUGUGGGAGCGCGAGGAUGUGGAGGGUCGUGGAUGGGAUGGUGGAGGUUGCGAGGGGGGUGCCGGGAGCGGGGGGUGAUGCGCCUGGCGGGGGGAGGGGGCACAGUUGGCUGACGGGGAGGGGGGGAAGUAGGUCGGGGAGUGCGAGUCAGAGUGGGAGUGCGAGUAAGAGUAGUGUGUGUGGGCCGAUGGGAUGGGGUCUGAGAGACAGGCCGAAGGCGAGGCCGUGGAAGGCGCCUAUAUAUUCUGAGUUUAGCUUUGGCUGAAUUACCGACUAUCGAGUUAUAUUGUGGAUUCUCGAUAUUAGUGGAGGUCAGUAGAAAUGAGGGAGCUUUGUGUAGAAUGGUGACCUUGACAGGUUCAGAUAUCAAUCAAAGUAGAGCAAUUGAGGGCGCGGAACGUCACGGAUUUGGCCUUUCUUACUUUGUAAAGCGACAUUUGUUAUGGUAGAGCCUAUUAAAGAUUAGCUAGU